GAGUCUCUAGGUAUUUAGGUAUUUGAUUCUUAGAAAGGGAGUUUGCCUCGGGGUACAUCUCGUUGCUUAUUAUUCCUCUCUACUUAUCUACACCAACACUCACUACACUGGUACUCACUCACUUAUACAUACAUACAUCCUCUCUCUACGUUCAUAUAUACCAGAGUCCCCUCCCACCAUCAUCGACCUCUACCCCGGACUCUUGACUUCUUAGUCUAUCAAGCACUAAGGAGCUUAUUCAUCAACAACAUCGUGGUGUUCGACUCGAGGUUCUUGUCACAUCCACGCACUCACUCCCACAUAUUCCAUAACAUGUCUUCGAGGUCGAUAUUAGGUAUGGACGAGCUCAAUGCCGCCGCCUUGGAUCACUUCAUCCGCCUCCCAGUCAGUCAUGCCAUGAUUUAUCAUUUGGCAGACGCCGCAUCAAAAGUUAUUCAAUGCGAUCCAACUAUGAUGCCCCCGCCACCUCAGCAUGAGACGAAGUAUCCCACGCCGCCCAGGACACCGUCGCCUAAGGCGAUUCGAUGCGAUGACAGUGGUCUUCCGUCUUUGGAAGAGUUCAUCACACAAUUGGUUGUGUCAUCAAACGUGCAGGUCUCUACUCUGAUGUCGACUUUAGUCUACCUGACCAGGCUCAAGUCCCGCCUCCAGCCCAUGGCCAAGGGUUUGCGAUGCACGACCCACCGCAUCUUCCUAGCUGCACUAAUCCUUUCUGCCAAGUACCUGAAUGACAGUUCCCCCAAGAACAAACACUGGGCCAAUUACAGCCACAUUCAGUGUGAUGGCUACAGCUUCGGUUUUAGCCGCACUGAAGUGAACCUGAUGGAGAAGCAGUUGUUGUUCCUAUUGGACUGGGACCUGAGGAUCACCGAGGAGGAUCUCUACCGCGAACUUGAUGUAUUCCUGGCGCCGAUUCGUGAUGACUUUGAGGCGAGGUAUAUCCGACGCAUGCAACGCAGGAAGCAGAGGCAGGAGGAGGCACGCGCCUGGGCUGAGGCUGCUGCGCUCCCCACGCCCCCGACGUCUCGCGGCAGUUCACGAUCGCGGUCACGGCAGCGAUUGGCGUCGCCACCUAAAGACACGACUAUCCGCAUGGUGCACGACAACGUGUCGGAGUCCACGCCACCUCCCGAACUGGCCUACAGCUACAGCUCGUCUGGUAGCAGCUCGGGCAGUUCAUAUGCCUCUUCUCUCUCUUCCCGUCAGCACUCGAGGUCUUCAACCCCUCUUUCGGACCUUGAGACAGACCCCUACGUUGCGUACAUGGAUGGUUCUCUCCACGAGUCUCCGAUUGAGAUUGUACUCGACAUGCCGGAGCCGGCUAUGGUACCGAUGCAUAAGGCCGCCUACCGCAGGAAACAGCUACUACCCUAUGAGAUUAGCGCCGAUGAACUUCGCGAGCUGCAGGACGGCACUGCGAACGCCAAGCGGGCACGAACUAAUCGUGGAAUGUGGCAUCGUAUGUUUGGGGCUCAGGCAUAAAUGCAUCUAACUACUUCCACGCCUUCUUUUCCUUUUGUCUUCGGAAGCAUUGGGCCGGAUAUACGUGACACGAGACGACCUUUCUCAGCAUUUUUCAGUGGCAUAUAACGGCGUCUUUUAUCGGCAUUGCUCAGCAUCACUAGCAAGGAGUUUUGGUGAGGGGAUUCAGGCGAAUUCAAUCAAUAUUCAGAUUGAUGCAUGGAGCCCCUUAUGAUUUAUUCAAAAAGUCUGAUUUAUUCUACAAUGAUGUUGAUACUGGGGAUGACUUUGCUUUCUGCUAUGGGUUUUUUUGCGAGGCGUGAACGGGUCUCAGGG